GCAGUUUGUAUUCUCUAGAUAUAAGUAUAUAUUUCAAUUUUAAACAUGUCAUACAGGCUUAAUGAUGCUGACCAUGAACAGAUUGAGUUUCUUCAGCAACAAGUGCGUAGAUUGACUGCUGUUGUUCAGGAAUAUCAAAGAAGGUACCUUCCAAUAGAUGAGAGAUUAGUUGAACCGUCUCCAUUACUACCAUGGAUAACAGAUUCAAGCAUGUUAUCCCCUUUGUUGGUGGAAUAUGAUGAAAAUAUUAAAGCAUUAAAAGAGCAAGUUCACCACUAUAAGGUAGAGUAUGAUGUAUUACGAGAAAAGUCAAUAAAAAUUGUGGAGGAAAAUGAAAGGCUGCAUGAGAAGCUUCGAAACACUGUCGAGCAUCAAUUAGAUGCCAUGCACCAAUCUAAUGAUGAACGCAUUCAGCGAUUGCAACAUGAAAUGAAACAACUGAGAAAGGAGAAAGAGGAUCUCACAAUUUCGAAUGAUGAUAUAUCAAAAAAUUUACUAACGAUGAAAAAUCAGCUAAAUAACAAAGGUCGACAGAUGGAAAUUUUAUCUUCUGAAAUCGAUAGUUUACAGGAUGAUUUGAGUAAAGCUAGAUCUUUUGCAGAAAACACACAACUUGCUAAUAAAAAAUUAAAAGAGGAACAAGAACAUUUUCUUAAGACAGCACAAGCACAGGACAAUGAGUUGGAUAACAUGCGUAUGCAAAAUAGAAAGUUAAAUGGAGAGUUAAAGACAAUGAAGACUUUAUCCUGUGAACUUCAAUCGCAUAAUAGCAAACUAAAAGAGCAAUUAAAAUUACUGGACAAGGGCGCUUCAUCGGCUGAAACAAUCCCGUCAGCAGAAGGUACAAUAAGACAGCUGAGAACAGAAAUUGUAGAGUUGGAUAGCAGGGUGGUGUCAUACUCUAAAGAGCUUUAUAAAUUACGCAUGGAGAAAGCGGAUUUAGAAGAACAGUUGUCUGCUUUGAAGAAAAAAAACAAUUUAAUUGAAGAGAAUGAAUAUCAAGCAAUUUUACGUGUACGCGACAGUGUUCAACUUGUGGAAAAUGCUCUUCUUGAACGAGAACAGGCUAUCGUUCAAGAGCAACAGAAAUCUGUGGAAGUAUCGCGCUUGCAAGAGGCGAUGACUAAUCUUGUCCAGAAGGCAGAGAAGCAGAAGAUGGAAGAAAUUUCAGACAUACAAGCACAUUGUAACAAGCAGUUACAUCAAAUGAGUGAAGAUUUACAUGCUCAUGAAAUUGAUGAAGCGGAAAUGCAAGUGUUAAUUUCGAAAUUACAAAGAGAAAAGAUAGCUUUGGAACAAGAGCUUAAAAAGGUGUAUGAAGAAGCUCCUACUGAAGCUUUAAAAGCUGGAUUAACAUUAGAUGAAAUGCAAAAGAAAUUGGCCAGAGUCGAGCUGGGAAAGGAUGAAGCUCUUUUGCAGAUUGAUAAAAUGCAAAUCCACUUGCGUAGAAACCAGACCAGAUGGGAAAGUGAUAAAAAUAUUUUAUUAAAUCAAGUAACUGACUACAAAAAGCAAAUAACGAAAUUAAAAGCUGACUUAGAGGACGUGUCGCAGUCAAGAAUUCAGCUCCUUGAUGAGGUGAAUUCACUCAAAAAGUCUCUGCAAGCCAAAAGUGAGGGCUUGGCCACUCUCGAUAUGUCUUGCACUUCCCAGGUCACAAAACUGCAACAAACGAUGGAGAUAAAAGAGAAAGAAUUUGAAGCACAACUUCGUUCUGUGGAAGAUGUUAACAGAUCAGCAAUGAAUGAACUUCGUUCUAUGUUGACGCUCCAACAGAAAAAUGGCGCGAAGUGGAGAGACGAGUCACGGACGCUGUGCCAGAAAUUCGAAAGAACGAUUUCGCAACUCAGGGUUGAGAAUGAAGAGUUAAAAAACAAAAACGAGCUUAUUAUUUCUGAUUUUGAUGUUUUGCAGGAAAAAUAUGAUAAGCUAAAUAAAGAGAACUAUAUGAAGCAAGUAAGUUACGACAAACUACAAAGAUUAUCUGCUGAUUCAGAGGAGCAGGCAGAAGCGGCAAAAGCACAGGUAAUGACUUUAUUGAACAGAGAGAAACAGCUACUUGGUGACAGGAAAUCUUUGAAUAAAGAAGUGGACAAGUUAAGGAUGGAGUUAUCUCGCCCUAAUAGAACACGCACAAUGGAAAAGCAGUGGGAUCAUUUUGUUGAUAAAUAUGAAUAAGUUGAACAUUAGCAACAUCAGUUAAAAAUAAGUGAAAAUGGUACCAACCACCUCUCCUACACGGUGCUUCUACUGUGUCAGAAAAGUCAGGCAUGUGGGUCAGGGAGAUAAAUUUUCUGGAGAGGUCGCAUAAAUGGCCAUUUUUUAUUAAUGGAGGACAAUGCAAAAAAUUAACGGUUGAAAACACAAGACAACAUUUUGCCUCUCUUAUCGUUGGCCAUUUUAUAAUGGAUUACAUAAUGAAUUCUGACAAGCAGGAAUUGUUAGCUUAAAGUAACCACAGGGACUCUCUGCCUAAAAGUGCUUGGGGACUAAAAAGUUUGUUCUAGGUAGCAGGAAGGUCUGGAUAAAGCGAGGAUAGUGGGAGAGACCGGUAGCAGACUAAAUCAUUUGUUUGCAGUAAGAAAACAUUCCACCAUAUACCAGAAUUCAUUUACUUUCGUGAAUUUUAUUUUUAGUAUUUAAUAACACUGACGUUACACUUUCAGGCUUUUCUGGAUGUUUAUCUCCCAACUUCAACUACUCUUGUUUCUUGUUACACUUUCAGGCUUUUCUGGAUGUUUAUCUCCCAACUUCAACUACUUUUGUUUCUUGUUACGAAGCAUUUUGAUUAAUUGUAGUAUGGCUACUGAAUAACUUAAUCCUUUCUUUGAUUUCCAUUUAAAUAUUCAAAUGCUUAUGAACAGGCAUAAAGUGUUUAAGCUUUAAAAAAAUCCCUCAAUUUCAAAAGUGAAGAGAAACCAUCUUACGAAGCAAGUCUGCCGAGAUCUUACUUGCAAUAGCGAUAUGCAAUCCAUCCCUGCAAGUUGGACGGUUGACUACCUGUUCUCAAUUCCAUAAAUUGAGAACGGGAAUUCGAGCUAAGAAAUUUCAAUCUAUAGCGUAGAUAAGAAAAAAUCCUGGGAACAUAGAAAUAAUAAAAUAACUUUCUUUAUUUGUUCCAAAUCUGUUGAGCUGUGCUGUUAUGCAAAUAACUGAUUUUGGUUAUUUUUAUUUCAUUUUACUUGUAUAUACAAAUUGAUGUGAGUAGAAAAUAUAUUUAUUUUUGAUGU